AUGCCUGACUACUAUGAAGGCCACAAAGUGAAUCAGAACGACGGUAUGGAUAUAGAAGAAGACAAGCAGCCUGACCCGAACCGAUUUGGCGAAACUCCUGGCGAACCCGUGGGGGACAUUGAGUACGACAAAGGCCAAGUUGGUCGGGAGAAAAUCGAAGGUGUAGACCAGCAGGGUACCCAGCAGCAAGUGGACGCCCAUCAGCAGCCGCCGGAUCUCGAAGAAGGCGGGUUUGAUGAACAGUUAGAUCAGCCGGGUGAUGGCAAGCAGAAGUGGAACUCGCAAGAAGGGUAUGCGCCUACAGAGAGCAAACCAUCAUCGUAG